AUGCGCCCAAUAGUCGAUCCACAAAGUCGCGAGCCUGAUGGACCAUUUCCACUGGAUGGAAAGGAUCUUAAUUCAGCCACAGAUGAGGCUCUGGCAACCCUUCUCACAACUGCUCCGAUUCUCCAUCAACUAGGUGGAACGACGGUCGUGCGGCUUUCAAAGACUUUGGUCAUGAACGGUGGCGGGAGUGUCAUUACCAGUGAAGCGGAAAUGCUUCGUCUUAUUGCUUCCAGAGCCACCAUUCGAGCGCCACGAGUCUAUCACGCAUUCCAGUGCUGGAACAACCUAUCCCGCGACUCCCAGGGAAAAAUCGCGGCGCAAGUUGCUGAAAUGAUCCAAGAGAUGCAGUCCAUUGAGCUUUCAAAGCCCGGCCCCAUUGGUGGAGGACCAUGUCGGGGUCUGUUCUUCACAGAUUACAGUGCUGGGCCUUUUAUGGACACUGCUGAAAUGGAAGCUUGGUUUAAUCACAAGCUGGAAAUCUGCAAGAGCGCCCAUAAAGCCCCAGAAGACGUUCCACCAUUCUGUUUUAUCAAGUUUGUCCUUAUACACCACGGCAUUAGUCCUCGAAACCUGAUCUUAGAUCAGCAUGAGCAGGUGUGGUUGAUUGACUGGGCUUAUUCGGGUGCAUAUCCUCCUGUCUUUGAAAGUGCAGCGUUGUCAAUACUCGUCUUUCACUGA